CUCAUCUCUAGCCUCCUUAUUUUUGACGGUGGCGCGAUUAAAUGAUUUUACUUAGAAUUUCGUUGAAUGGUAGUGUUCCUAAGAUGUUUCCGCCCAGUCUACGCCGCACAGAGACGUUGCUGCGCUAAUCAAACCAGGGAGAUGAAGUUCCUCAAUGUGGCCGAGAAGAACGAUGCGGCCAAGACGAUUGCCGGACUGUUGUCCCAGGGUGCGGCGCGUCGGCGCGAGGGAUACUCGGUAUACAACAAGGUGUACGACUUCGAGGCGCCAGUGCGCGGCCAAAAUGCCAAGAUGGUCAUGACCUCCGUCUCCGGCCACCUGAUGCAGCUGGAGUUCCCGGUGUCCUACCGCAAUUGGCGCAUCGUUGAUCCCCGCGUGCUUUUCGAUGCGCCCGUGAAGAAGAGUGUCGGUUCGGACUAUCAGCCCAUCAAGCGGACAUUGGAGCGCGAGGUGCGCGGCUGCCAGGGCCUGAUCAUCUGGACGGAUUGUGAUCGAGAGGGCGAGAACAUUGGCUACGAGAUUAUCGACGUCUGUCGUGCCAUUAAACCGAAUCUGACGGUUUAUCGGGCCAGCUUCUCGGAGAUCACAACGGCGGCAGUGCGCCGGGCUCUCCAGCAGCUGGGCCAGCCGGACAAGCGGCAGAGCGAUGCAGUGGAUGUGCGCAGCGAGCUGGACCUACGCACUGGGGCAGCCAUUACCCGCUUCCAGACAAUGCGCCUGCAACGGUUGUUCCCCGAGAAGAUAGCAGAUAAGCUCAUAUCCUACGGAAGCUGUCAGAUCCCCACUCUGGGGUUCGUCGCCGAGCGUUACAAGGAAGUGGAGGCCUUUGUCUCUGAGCCCUUUUGGAAGAUCAGAGUUCUCCACACGAUUGAUGACCUGACGGUGGAGUUCAAUUGGGCUAGGAACCGUCUAUUCGACAAGGAAUCUUGCGAGAACUACCUGCUGCUGUGCCUCUCAGAGCCCGCUCCGCGUGCUCUUGUGGAGAGCGUUACGGUCAAGCCGAAACACAAAUGGCGCCCCACGCCAAUGGAUACGGUGGAAAUGGAAAAGCUCGGCUCUCGCAAGCUGAAGCUGUCGGCCAAAGAGACGAUGACCAUUGCUGAGAAGUUGUACAGCAAGGGUUUCAUCAGCUAUCCCCGCACGGAGACGAACCAGUUCUCCAAGGAGUUCGAGCUGGCGCCCCUGGUCCAGAUGCAUACGGGUCACCCCGAAUGGGGAGCCUUUGCCCAGCGGGUGGUCGACUGGGGUCCGAAUCCACGCAACGGCAGCAAGUCGGAUCAGGCGCAUCCCCCCAUACAUCCCACCAAGCCGGCAGACAAUUUGCAGGGGAACGAUGCUCGGGUCUAUGAACUGGUGGUCCGGCAUUUCCUAGCUUGUGUCAGCAAGGAUGCCAUCGGUUCUGAAACCCUGGUACACAUCGACAUUGCCGGCGAGAAGUUUACGGCCAACGGCCUGGUCAUUCACGAGCGCAACUACCUUGACGUUUAUGUGUACGAAAAGUGGAACGCCAAGCAGAUCCAUCACUACGAGCAGGGGCAGCGCUUCGAGCCGACAGAGGUGUCGCUGCACGAGGGUGCUACCACUGCCCCCCCUUUGCUGACGGAGGCGGAUCUGAUAGCUCUGAUGGAGAAGCACGGAAUCGGAACGGAUGCCACGCACGCGGAGCAUAUCAAUACGAUCAAGGAACGUGGCUACAUCGGAGUGUUGGACAAGGGGGCUUUGGUGCCGGGUGUUAUUGGGAUGGGACUCUACGAGGGCUAUGAUGCCAUGGAACUGGCUCUGGCUAAGCCCCAGUUGCGCGCAGAGUUCGAAUCGGACCUAAAACUCAUUUGUCAGGGUCAAAAGGAUCCCAAGGUGGUUCUGAUGGAGAAUAUAGCCAAGUAUAAGCAGUCCUACCAGCAGAUUACCGACAAGGUCACCGCCAUGGACACGAAGAUAGCGGCUCGUAUUAACGAAACUCCCGCGGCGAAUCCCCCGAACCAAGAAUCGGAAAGCGAUCAUAUGCAAAUGCUCUUCAAAUGCCCCAAGUGUAAUGAAGGCACCUUGGCUUUGAAGGCCAAGAAGAACCAGCAGGGCUGGUACAUCGGCUGCACCAACUUUCCCGACUGCAAGAAUGUUGUCUGGCUGCCCAUGGAAUGCAAGGAUGUGACCGUUUUGGAUGAGUGCUGUCCGAGCUGCGGCGAUACACACCGUCUGCUCAAGUUCCGCCUGAGCACGCCCUACUAUCGCGGCGUGUUCAACACUCCAAGUGGCUGGUACAAGACCUGCCUGCCCUGCGACAAUCUCUUCCGCUCCACGUUCAACAUUAAUUUGGAUUCUGUAAAGAGAGCAGGCCGUAUUGUGGGAGAGGCAGGAAGUGGGGGAGACUGGCGACCAGGACCGGGAGGAGGUGGUGGCGGAGGAGGAGGAAGUGGCGGAGGCGGAGGAGGAGGAGGAAGUGGCGGUAGCGGAGGAGGAGGAGGAAACUCAGCUAGUUGGGGCUCCUUAGGUUCUGGUCCUCCUCCAACUAGAAAGCCAAAUAAGCCCAUUGAUGGCGGACCCAAGAAACCACCAGGAAAAACCAAGAAACCACCAAAAGCCGAAACAAAACCCAAAAAAGGCCCAAAAUCCAGUAACAGCUCUUCCACUGGCGUCACCAUUCGCAGCUACUUUAGUUGUGCGGCUGCCAACUCACCCUCCACCGAACUGGAUGGCUUCUUUGACAGUAAUGAUGGCUUUGAGGAGGCCAUGCUGGCUGCUGUGGACUCUGUGGACACCAGUACAAGCACGACUCAGCCACAAGUCGCCAAUCCCAUAACCCUGGAUGACGACAUAGCCGCUGCCUUUGCCGCAGAUGAUGAUGCCGAGUUUGAGGCCUUGGUGAAUGGCAACACUCAAAAUGAUGAGCGUCUGGACAUGAGUCUGUCGGACUGGAUGAAGGCACAGGACGAAGUGAAUGAGAAGCCUAUGGUGUGGGGUAGUCGAGCCCGCUCAGCCGUCGCUACUCCAGCAUCCACACCGCCUCCGAAACCAGUAGCUAAACGUCCUCGCUUAGACAGCACCGAAUGGGAUAGGCCUACCACUGGGUCUGCCGAUCCUGAAGCAGUGCUGUGCACAGGAUGUCAUCAGCCGGCUCGUCAACACACCGUGCGAAAGGAUGGUCCCAACCAGGGCAGGCAGUUCUACAAGUGCCCCAAGUCCAACGAGUGCAAGUUCUUCCAAUGGGCUGAUGAGGAACAAGCACCAACUUCAUCGAGACAACCCACGCAGAGCAGCAGCACCAAUGCCACCUCCUGGGGCACAAAUCGUGUCGUUACUCUGCCAAGUCACCAGGAGAGAAGCCACCAAGGUGGCGUCAUGCGCUCCAACUCAAGCAGCACUGUCACCAUAACUCAAACCAAGACGAAGACGAAGACCACGCAAAACCAUGGAGAGGAGGAGGUCAAGUGCAACUGCGGACAGGUAGCCAGCAGUCUUAUUGUGCGCAAGGAUGGACCCAACCAGGGCAGGCCCUUCUUUGCCUGUUCCACGCGGGAGAAGUCAUGCGGCUUCUUCAAGUGGGGCGAUGAGGAUCAAAGCCAAGGUACCAGCAGCAGCAGCAGCGCUUCCUGGGGAUCGGGCAAUCGAAAACCGCCAGCAGAUUCUUCUGAAAAGACAGGGAAAUCGCGUCGCUGUGGCCUUUGUCGCCAGGAAGGGCAUACUCGCAAUAAAUGUCCGCGAAAGAAUGACUUUGAUAUGUAGGUAAAAACCGCAUAAAGUUGGAGGAAAAUUAGAAUUUUCUGCAUAAGAAAUUGCACAUAGUGAAAACAAAUUUGUUGACAAAGGUUUGUUUUUUUCUAAAAUGUAAAUAAGGUUCAUAAUAACGAUUAUUCGUUAUAUAGUAUUUAAGGUGAAACAGAAAUAUAUUUGGAAACAUAUUUGUAUAUUUUUUAAAAUGAA